ACCCUGCACAUCCUCUUGCACUAACUCCAUGCCAAAAUCUCUUUCUUUUAUUUCCUUAUCUGGCUUUUUUCACGAGCUUUUAAUCUGCUCCAAUAAUUCUUUAUGUUUCCAAAUAUUAGCCUUGUUUUCUGCCCAAGCUUUGGAGUUUUUGUGAACUAGUCUAAAUGUUUGAAAAAAGUGUAAACCGCGAUUAGUUUCAAAACAAAUGCUCCUAUGUCAUCCAAGUUGCAGAAGGCCACACACCCUAUUCACUAGUCACCGCUGCUAGAGGUUAGGGUCGGUCACGGAGCGGGAUGCCAGAGUCACCGGACCAUUGCCCCUGGUUUUAAAUUGCGGUCUGCAACCGCAAUUACGGUCACAGCUGAAAGGGUUUUAGAGUCCCCAUAUCUAUACCGCUACUGCGACACCUAGCAUUGUUCCAUUAUGUUCUCUCUUGCACCAUGUUUUUCAUUGAACAUUAAAAAGAGAGACCACCACUACUGUGGCGCCAUGUGAGCACGAACUUCCUUAAUAGAAUAGUAUUUAUAUGUUUCUAUUAAAAUUUUAUACUGUCCCCUCCAAUUGGUCAUUCUUAAUUUUGUUUAAUUUAUUAAAGUUGUUCCUCCCAGCCAUUUUUUUCCUAGUUUCGUCCCCCUGAGACUAGCGAGAGAGAUGAAGCAAAAGCAUUGCAAGAACGGAAUGAGUUGUCAUUUUUGCAAGAGCAAGAAUUCAUGCACCGCUUUGAACUUUGAAUUUGUUUGCAAGGUUUAGCCUGCUUGCAACAGUUCUAUUCUAGAUGACUUUUUGCAAGACUCUAAUGGCUUAGACGAUGGGAAAAUCAAUAUCAACCAUCUACUACGCAAUUUCAUAUUUAAAAAUAAAAAUUAUCACUUCUUAAAUUUUAAUUAUUAAUCAAAACUUGAGAAAAAAAUUAAAAAUAAUAAUGAUAGUACCACCACUUGCGUUUCUGUUUCAGAAGGAAACAAGUUAUGACCAAAACUAACGGAAAUCCAAACGUAAGCUUCUACGCAACACACACAGCUGCUAUUGCUUGCAAUUGCAAUCCAUUCUAUUAAUCAUUACAAAUGAAAUGCUCUGUUUGUUCUCAGCAAAAACAAUUCAAACCGCAACCACCCACUUUGCUUCGCCGGAAAUGUCUGACGUGUCACGCCGGAGAGUAACAACCACCAGCAUUCACAUAAUGGCCUUAGACGGCAUCGUCAACGUCAACUCCCUCUUCACCUUAGCCCUCUUCCUCGGCAUCACCUCCACCAACACCGCCAGCUCCCUCGUCGCUGGUGAAAACUCUGCCUGCGCUGCCGGACCUUCCGUCGCCGAAGGCCUCAUCACCUACCACUUCUACUCCUUCAGCUCCUUCCUCUUCUCCAGCCUCAUCGCCUUCGCCCUCAAAAACGUCAUCACUUCCAGCAAGUCCACCGCAGGCGACGACGAAGCCGCCGCCGACACACGCCUGCACGGUGCCGACCUGGUGGUGAAAGUUAACACGGUGGUUCUGAGGCUGGGGACUCUGAUUUCGGGUUUUGGGUCGGUUUUGGGAUGUGGGUUCUUGGUCAUGGCUCUGGUGAAUUUGGUGCAGAUCAAGCUGGGAACUUUGGCUUGUGGGAAUUUUUACACUUUUGCUGCAAUUGCUCCUUUGCUUGUUCUUGUUCCCACUGCGCUUCUUAUCUAUGUCAUUCUAGUACUCUAUGCCUUUACUCGUUAAUGGGGAGGCUAUUGCAUAGUUAAUUCAAAAAUUGAUAAUUCAAUUGUGUAUACUGUAUCAUGAUUUAUAGAGAAUGAUUUGUCAUUUAUCGAUGUCUGGAAAAUAUGAUGAUACUAUUUUGAUGAAUGUGAUGAUCAUUGAAGCCUGAAGCUACUAUUACUAGAAGUUUCUUGUUUUGCCGUGUUUGGUAAGGAGGUACAAUUACAAUGGUGGUAUCUGCAGCAAGCUAGCUAGCUGCUAGAAGAAUAAAUAUUCAUUUAAUCUCUAAUCAAAAUUGAUGUUUCAUGUCCUGCAUGUGAUUAGGCCUCUUACUUGAGGAAGUCACCAACUUAUAUUUUCACUUCACGAAACCAACAACUGUUGCUUACAUGCCAAGUUUCCAACCUUUUCUUAGAGAGAAAUUUCAAGCAUACAACUCCAAGGUCUUGCACCGACGUGGAGAGAGAUUUGAGAAAGAAUCUAUGAUGGGGUGGAGAAUCAGAAUAAGAAGCGGCCGACGAGAAGAUUGGUGCUCGGAGUUCUUGCCCACAACACCCUAGCGGUGGCGGGUUUGGCUACCAUGGUGCCCUGUCUGAUGUUGAUGGAGGCACGAUGGUGGGGAGUUACCGUGGGUGUUGGUUUUGGUAGCUUCUAGGUGUUGCGGUCAUGACGCUGAUAAAGGGUGCUGCUCCAUUGGGGUUUUAGAAGAAAAAACAGAGAAAGAGAGAAGAGAGAUUUUGUGUUUCAGCUCCACAUUUGAUGGUGGAUUUUGGUUUCGUUCUCAGAAAACAACGAUAUUCUUCAAAUGAAAAAAGGGUUUUGGGAGAACGGGAAACCAUUUUUUUCUUUUUCAAAUUUCUUCAAGACAAUGAUAGAUCUUCUUUGUGUUUGGAAAAAAAAGGUUUUGUUUUUGUGUG